UCCUUAAGGCCAUCUGCAUCCUCCGGAGCAUAAAGCUCUUGUCUAGCCCAACACUGUCGAAGCCUCAUACGAGACUUCACCUCGCUCUCCCCCCACAUUCUCUCACUACACCUCGCUCUCCCCCCAUUUUCUCUUACUACUAGCAGCAGCGAUGACCACUGCAGCACCUUCUGCGUGCCCGGUCAAUGAGACCACUCCCCUGAUCACCUUCCUCGAGCUCCUCCAGGACGCUGCCUUCGCCACCUUCGGUCCCAAGAACUUUGACUCCAAGUUCUACAUCGACCUGUCCCUCAGGUUCAGCUUGCCUGUUGUCGAGAAGGCCUUCAACUCCCUCCCCAGGUCCCGCAACGGCACCGUCCCCCUUGCAGACUUGGAGGGGUUCAUAGCCGAGUACUUCAGGAGUCCGGGUGAGGAUCUGGUGGUCGCGGACCUGCCUGAUUAUGUCCCCGCCGAGGUGAAGCACCCGGGGGUGAGGUCCUGGGCUCUGGAGAUUCAUGCGCUGUGGAAGAACCUGAGCAGGGGAGUGACCAGUUCUGUGAGGGACCAACCCGAGCUCCAUACGCUGCUUCCCCUGCCAGAGCAGUUCGUUAUACCCGGUUCGCGUUUCAGGGAGGUGUACUACUGGGACUCGUAUUGGGUGAUCAGGGGAUUGCUGGCGAGUAAAAUGUAUGAAACUGCUAAAGGGAUAGUGACAAACCUCAUAUACCUUCUCGACACUUAUGGUCAUGUCCUAAAUGGGGCGAGGGUCUACUAUACUAACCGAAGUCAACCUCCCCUUUUAAGUGCAAUGGUUCGGGCCAUAUACAGCAGGACGCAUGAUAUAAAUUUGGUCAAGAAAGCUCUCCCCGUUCUCCUCAAAGAACAUGGAUUCUGGACUUCUGGCGUUCAUCAGAUUGUUGUGCAGGAUGCUCAAGCUGAGAGUCACUGUCUAAGUCGGUAUUAUGCAAUGUGGGAUAAGCCCAGGCCUGAAGCUUUGAGCAUUGAUAAGGAGUUUGCUUCAAAUAUAUCGAGCGGUGCUGAAAAGCGGCAAUUUUACAGGGAAGUGGCUACAGCAGCUGAAUCAGGUUGGGAUUUUAGCACCAGAUGGAUGAGGAAUCUGAAGGACAUUACCACAUUGACAACAACAUCUAUAUUACCUGUUGAUUUGAAUGCGUACAUACUCGGGAUGGAACUUGACAUAUCAUUCUUGUCAAAAGUUGCUGGGAAUCAUAGUGCAGCCAACCAUUUCUUGGAAGCUUCAAAAGCUCAAGAGAAGGCCAUUAGAGCCAUCUUUUGGAAUGACAUGAAGGGGCAGUGGUUCGAUUAUUGGCUUGAUAAUCACAGUUCAUGCAAGGAAGCUCAAUUAUUUGAAGACGGGAAGCAAAAUCAGGCUGCGUUUGCUUCAAAUUUCAUUCCUUUGUGGAUUGAACCAUUCAGUUCAGAUAAGAAAUUGACUGACAAAGUCGUGAGCAGUCUUAGAACUUCGGGGCUGCUUCUCCAUGCUGGUAUUGCAACUUCUUUGACUAAUUCGGGACAACAAUGGGAUUUUCCCAAUGGGUGGGCACCGGUACAGCACAUGAUAGUUGAGGGCCUUGCAUCAUCGGGAUCAAGUGAUGCUAAGUCACUAGCAGAAGAAAUCAUGAUCAGGUGGAUCAGAACAAACUAUGCCGCUUACAAGAAAAUGGGUGUAAUGUACGAAAAGUACGAUGUGGAGAAGUGCGGAGCGUAUGGAGGGGGUGGCAAAUUUGUGGCACAGACUGGUUUUGGGUGGUCGAAUGGAGUAGUGCUGGCAUUCUUGGAGGAGUUCGGGUGGCCUCAAGACCGUGAGAUAUGGUGCCAAUGAGGUUCGAGAUGUCUGCUGUAACAACCUAAGAUAUAUGCUGGAAUUCUUACGGCGCUUGUAGCGCUCCGCAUGCCAUCACCAGCUUCUGAUGCCAAUGCAAUAAUCUGAUUUAGGACCAAGGUUUCAUUUGAUUAUUUUGGGUAGUCUACCUCUGAGAUGUUGGAUCCUUAUACCUACUUAUAGUUAUUUAUAAACGAAGAACCUUUCAUCUCCGUUCUCUC